AGGAGGAAAACUGGAAAGGGGAGUGAUGGCGGUAAAGAAAUGACAAGUUCGGGAGAAUAAAUUACACAAGAGUUGCAUUAUGAGGAGCCUUCAGCACCUAGGAUGAAGAAACAAGUAUCGUAAGAGAUGACCACCACAUUACGCAUGAUUUAGACUCCCUGACCAAGACGCCGAAUAAUCUGAGGGAUCCAUGGCACUGGUCGACUGAGAACAACAAUAGUGGAACAAGAAACACUCAGAAGUUUAACUUCUAUCGCCUCUUCCCAAAAUACUCCCAGUAAAUCUUUGAAAAUGAUAAAAGCCGAGAGCAAAGGAGAAAGAGCGCUGAGGAGUGCGUCCCCGCAUAGAAAUGCUUACAAGUCGGACUUCCACGCUAUUAAGUGUACUUUUGAUGGGACGAAAUCCGACGGCGCUGCAAAGUCAUAUGCAAAUGGCUCUAACGACACACAGGAGGACACGAGGGGGAGGCAUUUUGGCAAUCGGAUAAACAAGAUAAAGAAUAUUUUCCUCCAGAUGGAUGGCCAGCAACAAGAGAUUCAAGAGGUGAAAACAACGUUGAAAGCUGAUUUGUCCCCUGUCUCCCCACCAAAUGUGCCAUUUGCAGUCACCACACACAAAACAAGUUUGAGCAGUGCCACUAGCCCAGAAUCUCCAAGUUUAGACAAAACCCCCAAGGGAGAAGAUGUCGAGGGUGACAAAACAGCUUUGGCAGAGAAGUUUUCUUCGACCAGGAAACUCUUUGAGAGGACUAUCAAAGAACAACCAGCAGCGGAGAAGUCUCCCAACAGAGUUGUAAGCCAGGUGCCCCUGGGCAGUGUGUCUGAUGGGGGGAAAAGUACCAGGAGAUUGUCAGGGUCCACUGAAACUAGCAACAUCAAAACAGAGCCUUGUCCCACUCCAGUGAUGAGAAGCCAGCCAGAUGAGAGGAGCGAUACUGAGGAGACUAAACAUGUGUCCAGGGUGUCACUGAAAGCUGGACCCAUGUCCAGGCGGCUAGACAACGUCAUUGUGGACAGUGACAAUGAGGCAAAAGCCACAGAGAUGUUGUCUAAAGUAUGCAGUCUCUCAGAUCGCUCAAUGCCCACAUCUCCGACAAGGGACAGUUUUUACAAAUCCACCAUUCCAACUAAUGAUGCCACUAACAAACCCACCUCCAUAGUUUCCGGUGUCAUUCUCAAACCAACUUCCCCAUUCAAUAACACUACUCACAAAACAUUCCCCCCAACAGCCAAUGCCACUCCAAAGCCCAUCUCCCCAGAGCCCGUAUCCCCAGGUGGCCAAAGCGCUUACAAGGUCUCCCACUCAACCAGUGACGGUUUCAGUAGACCAUCUGUGGGUAGCGAUGGAGUAAAACCCUCCAGUCCACCCCCCAGGGAUCAAAAACAGCCUACUGUGUUUGCCAAUAGCUUUUACAGUAGCAACAGGGCCAAAACCUCCAACAGUGCCAAGAGUGAUGGGCAUGUGACACAGAGUCCCAGCAGGGAAAAGCCACCUACCCAGGCCUCAUCUCUGCCUGGCAUGGUCCGGGCUGAGCUCGUAGUGGUACAGAAUGAGUCAUCAGAGAGCGAGGAGAACGAAGAUGAGAAUAUUGAAGACGAUGUUUUUGAGGAAGUGCAUGUUCAACCCCCAAAAGAGAUCAAAGUUGAGCUAAAAGAAUCGCCACCAAAGGCGAUCAGUCAGAAGGAUGAACGCCAUCAGCAGCAGAUCUCAGAGAAAGAUGACGGCAAGGAGACCGAGAUUACACUGGAGAAGGAAGAAGGAAGUCGAUUUGAGGAGUCACUGCAUGAGUUGAAAGAGGAGUGGAGAGAAGACACGAAUCCUUUAAGUCAAACCGCGGAUUACGAGGAGGAAAAUGUGGAGGAGGAGGUUGCUGAGGAGGAGCAGGAGGAACAGGGCAGAAGGGGCAAGAUUUCCCCAGUGGCAUAUGGUAGAGAGAACACAGCAUUUGUGGAUGAUAGGGAUACUGACCAGACCAUCGAGGAGGAGAAGGAAGAGCAGCCCUGUGAGGAGGAGUAUGAGGAGGCCCCUGGGCUUUCAGAUGAUGAGGAGGAACCGGAACCACUGAGGAAGAUCAAGUUUUCAACGUCACCGAUACGGGUGUUCAGCACCUACUCUAACGAGGAUUACGACCGGCGCAACGAUGAGGUGGACCCCGUGGCGGCGUCGGCUGAGUACGAGCUGGAGAAGAGGGUGGAGAAGAUGGACGUGUUCCCUGUGGAAAUUGAAAAGGGAGACAACGGCCUUGGCAUCAGUAUCAUAGGGAUGGGAGUGGGAGCUGACCAGGGCCUGGAGAAACUAGGAAUCUUUGUGAAGACCAUAUCUGAGCGUGGAGCAGCUGAACGGGAUGGCAGAAUCCAGGUGAAUGACCAGAUAGUGGAGGUGGAUGGGAUCAGUCUGGUAGGAGUGACCCAGCUGUUUGCUGCUACAGUUCUGAAGAACACUAAAGGAACAGUCAGUUUUCUGAUUGGCCGGGAGAAGCCGGGGACGCAGAGCGAGGUGGCACGUCUGAUCAGUGAGACCCUGGAGCAGGAGAAGAGCGAGCAGGAGCAGCAGGACCUGGACGACCCCUAUGAACAGUCCACCGAGGAGGAGGAGCACUACGAGGAAGAGGAGGAAGAGGAGGGAGGUGUCCUAGGGUCUAGUUUCUCCGGCGGAAGGACAGUGGAGGUGUUUGACCUGCCGAAGACCGAGGCCGUGUUCAUGCCCUCCAACGUGGACUCCACACAGAUGGGCUUCAAAUUCAAGGAGCUCCAGCUGAAACACAACAUAGCAACAGCUGAAAUAAGCCAACUGAAGGAAAAGCUAAGGGCGUCCGAGGAGGACAAAGCAUCCAGGGAGUCCAUGGAGGUUGAGUUGGAGCAGAAGAUUGAGGAGAAUAACGAGAAGAUGUUGAAGCUGGAGAAGUACUGGCUGGAGGCCCAGGCUCUGUGUAAAACUGUCAACAAGCAACUGUCGGAGACCCAGAGCCAGUACGAGACGCUGGACAAGAAAUACAACAAGGCCAAGAAACUGCUCAAAGACUACCAGCAGAAGGAGAUUGACUUUGUGAAGAAGGAGGAGGAGAUGAGGAAAGUUCUAGACGAGAAGGAUCGAUGGUACAAGGAGCAGCUUGAAAGCCUGCAGGACAGGAUAGCGGUCCUGGAGGGCAGCGGUCCACCUGCUGACCGUGAAGAGACCCAGGCGGGUCAGGACUCUGCUGUGGAGAGGAGACGGAGCACCCAGGGGAGUGAAGGCCCUGUCAUCAACACACAGUCAGUGGACUCUCUAGCGCUAGAUACAGACUGGAGCGAGCUGGUUCCGGAGACUGAGCGCUUGGACACCAGUGCACACAAAGCCAAGUGCCUACUGGCUCCAAGGAGGAAUCGUCCGUCUCGCAACAAACUGAAGGAGAACCUCGUCAUGUCCCCUUGCCACUCACAGGAGAACGAGGAGGAGGAGGAGGAAGAUGCGGAGGAGGACUCUACCAGCAGGAGGAGGUGCAUCCAAGAGAGCCUGUCCCUGCCCGGGCCCAUCUGCUUUCCUAGGAACGGCCAGAGGGACGACACCCCCGAGGCUGCGGAGAGAUCCAGGAGCAAGUUGAAGCUCUCCAGCAGCCCCUUCCUGCCCCCGUCCCAGAGGGAUAGUGUCGAAAGCGGGGGCAGUCCUUCCCUGUCCAUGCCGAAAGACACCUCUUUGCCCUCGCCACACUCCCCCUCAGGGUUCCUUCGCAACGUCAAGAAGAGGGAGUCCAAGGGGAAGGGCAAGGAGCUCAAAGAUGAGACAAAUGAGAGUUCUUCAGCAGGAAAACCCAAAAAGACGAUUUUUGGUGGCCUUCGGAAGUCUGGUGGCAAAGGGAGGAAACAUGACAAGGAGGUGAUGCGAGCAUCUCUGGACAGCAGGGGUUCUGCCGAGCUCCUGGAGGAAUCUGGGGGAAACCUGUCCCCUUCUGAGUCCAUGACCUCUAUUCCCACAUGUAUGCCCUUCUCCUGGUUUGGGGACCGAGACAGGGACAAGGAGCCUUUGUCCACCAGCAGCAGCCUACCAUACGCAGCCACUGAGACCAGCAGUGAGCAGAGCCAGGACCGCAAGAACAAGAAUUUGUCAGUCAUAGAUGAUUCAAACCUUGGCAGCCCCAGUUCAGACAUCUCAGGCUUAGUUGCAGAGCCCAAUCUGCCUGGGCGCUCACAUACUUUAGUCUUCUCGUCCAGUGAGAACCUGGAUGAUGAGCCAGUGCCCACAGGGAAGGAAUAUCAAUGGCAGAACCGCCCUGUCCUCGAGUGGAACAAUCAGCAAGUCUGUCACUGGUUGAUGGGCAUGAACAUGGACCAAUACACACCUGAGUUCACCGCCAAGGGUGUGGAUGGCCAUCAGCUCAUGCACCUGGACAGUGACAAGUUGAAGGCCCUAGGUGUGUCCAGCCAAAGUGACCGGGCCACCAUCAAGAAGAAGCUGAAGGACAUGAGGAAGGCCCAGGAGAAGCUGGAGAAACAGAGGGAAAAAAGGGAGAAGGAAUCACGGCGCAGCGGGAGACUGCCUCCCAACACUGACUAUGUCUGCUGAACUGCCCCAGAGGUGACCCACUCUCUCUCUCUCUGAACGUAACCCAACACAUUCUCCCUCGAGUGAGGCAGGGCAUUCAAGGACCCUUGUAUUUGUUCUGUUUCACAUAUAGGCCUACGUAAGUGCCAUCCACCUCAGUUCACAGCAGUUACUAAGAGAGCACUAAAGCAGUCACUCAUCAUGUGAGUUUAUAAUGACCAGUAACACCAAUGUUAGCGCACCAGGGUUGAUUUACCAUUCCAAUUGGAAGAAUCAUCUGAAAAUACCCCGAUUUGUCGUUGGCUAUUGAUACUUUUCCUAGUUUCCUAGUUUUGGGUUAUUCACAAGAACACACAAGAGCUGGCUCUGCUUUUUAAUCAAAUCAAACACGCUGACAGUCCUGUCGCCAGCAGUAUCUGUAUCACAUCAUCAUUGUGGUAGAUUGGGGGGACGGGGGGAAAGUGAUACUGUAAUGACAAGUGUUAGGGACAUGACCAAAAACAAAACCCAACAUGUUUUUUUUUUUAACCUUUAUACAGCUAUAGAAGCAGUACUUUUAUCCCUUUUGAGGUUCCAGAUAUGUAGUUGGAGGAUUUGUGUACAUUUACCCAUACAACAAUUGGAAUGAGUUCAGUACUACUUUUUACAUGUUUUAUAGUGUAUUUUUGCUAGCUUAACUUUCCUGUAGCCAUGUACAGAUAUUUUGUUGCAGGAACUUUGUACAGUUGAGAUUUAAGUACUAUAUAAUCUUUUAAGCUUAAAUGGGUGACAAGGUUUGAAGUGUAUAAAUGAACUUUUCUACAUAUCAAUUAACUGCAUAACUUUUUAAAAUCAAAUUAUUAAAGGUUCAUCAUUUUACAUAUACUUUUUCUACUAAGUAGAAUAGCCACUAGGAUGACAACAUCUUUGCUAAAUGAAAGGCAAAUAGAAUCCAGUAACGACAACGUAAAUGCUGUUUAUAUAACCCCUUCCCAACUGUGCCUGUUUUGAGAAUGGAGGAGGUACUACUCAGUGGUCCUAUUGAGCCGGAGAAUUUGACGUGUUGCUGAAAUGGUACCGAGACAUGCAAUAUUAUUCUACAGUGCAUGCACUCCUUGCUGACAGAGUGUGGGAUCCAUGAUAACACGAGGUGUGUGUGCCUAUGAACAGUAAAUCAGUUGAAUAGUUGGCUGUUUUGUCAACAUGAAUGAUGGGUGCAUAAAAUAAACAAAUUCUCACAUCAGA